AUGGCGGCCAAGGAUCGAGGCGGAAACAGUGCGGGCGGCGGUAGCCGGAAGAAGAAACACGAACCGCCGCCGAAGCCCAUACCCGAACAGGACAGACACAUUUGCGGACUGAUAUGCGUGUGCCAGCUUACGUUCGUGUUGAGUUCCGUGUCGCUGGUGUACCUGUCCGUGGCCAUCUACGUGCCCGGCUACAGGGCGUUCAACGCGGCCAUCGAGACGGUGCCGCUAAUGUGCCAGACAAUCAACUCGACGGUGUCCAACAACUGCGAGUGGGCGUCAUGCGGCGAAUGGUGUCUGACGAAACCGUCGGGCAACUGUCCGCAGUACCUGGUCACGGUCCGGCAAAACGGCACCGAAAUCGGGGUAGAGAACUGCACACGGCUCACGAGCGUUUCAUGUCCGCAGGCAAGUUUCCAAAACUAUAUACGUACGCUGUCGCGGGUGUUGGGUUUUUGUUUAGGUUUUUUUUGUUUACCGCACGCGACCGCGUUGUCGUGUUUCUCGACCCCGUAUAAAAUACAUUUCGACCCGCGGUCGACUAAUUCAGCCACCACCGGCACCGCCAAUUCUAAAGCCAAAACCACCGAUACCACGUGUGGCCAUCGUAAUUAA